AUGGAUCCUAUCACCAUUGCCAAAUACCCUGAGCUAAAUUGUGCAACACUUGAGGUGCAGCUAAAUAGGUUUAAACUCAGUUAUCCCUUCAACACUGUAAAGGAAACAGCAGCAGUACUAAGAGGUCAGGUGCCUGAAGCCCGUGGUCGGUUCAGCCAGGUAGAAGCCCUUAUCAGACUUUUGAUUGUUGUGCCCAUUGGCUCUGCUGAGGCAGAACGAAGCUUCAAUGCUCUGAGAAGGCUGAAGACCUUGCUCAAAAAUCCUCCAUAUUUGUUUGACUAUAAAGAGAAGACGCCCUCUGAGCAGCAGGAGUGGACAGUCAUUCUGGGCCAGGAGGAGCUAGAACCUCCACACAUUAAAGAAGAACUGAAAGAACUCUGGACCAGUCAGGAGGAAGAGCAGCUUCAAAGAAUAGAGGCUGAUAACACCAAGUUACAGUUCCCCCCUCUUCCUGCACAGAGGGAAAACGAUGAAGAGAAUCCUCCGUCCUCAGAGCUUCAUCAAAGCCAAACUGAGGAGAACAAACAGGCAGAGCCUUCAGCUAGUACAUCAACUGAACAGAUGAAAACAGAACCUGAUGGAGAGGACUUUGGACUGUCAGAACAAACCAGUAAUCUAGAUCAGGAUGGUGAUUUAGAAUCAACUAGUGAUGGUGGCCCCCUCCCUUCAGACUAUUGUGGAAGUGAGACUGAAGACAGUGAUGAUGACUGGAACAAAACUAGACAACCUCGGUCCGGUUUGGAUUUAAAAGAUAAUGAAAUAGGUCAUCAGAGAUCUACUAAGAAAAAACCUUUCACUCGCUCAAUAUGUGGCGAACGGUUUACUCAAAGAGGACAUAUGCAGAGACACAUGAGAACACAUACAGGAGAGAAACUGUUUAGUUGCACAAUCUGUGGUAAAGAGUUUUCUCAAAGAGGAAAACUCCAACCACACAUGAGAACACAUACUGGAGAGGAGCCCUUUAGUUGCUCUGUCUGUGGUAAAGAGUUUGCAAGAAGAGGAAAUGUGAAGACACACAUGAGAAUACAUACAGGAGAAAAACCAUUUUCUUGCUCAGUCUGUGGUAAUGCAUUUUCUCAAAGAGGAGGUAUGCUGAGACACAUGAGAAUACAUACAGGAGAGAAACCAUUCAGUUGCACAAUCUGUGGUAAAGAGUUUUCUCAAAGAGGAAAACUCCAACCACACAUGAGAACACAUACUGGAGAGAAGCCCUUUAGUUGCUCAGUCUGUGGUAAAAGGUUUGCAAAAAGAGGAAAUAUGAAGGCACACAUGAGAAUACAUACAGGAGAAAAGCCAUUUACUUGCUCAAUCUGUGGGGCAGCCAGGACCAGUGGGUAG